ACAGAUAUCGUACGCAGGUCUUAGGGCUCGAGCGUUCGAACUCUCGAGCUUCCAUCCAUGUGCGGAUCUAAGUUGGCGUAUUUCUAUAAAACCAGCCCAUUUUCUUGUACCGAGUCUCAAAGCCUCACUGUUUGAUUUCUGCAUUCAAGUACUUCUUACCUCGCAUACCAUUGUCAAUAUCCUAGACAAUAUUAACAUGGGCAAGACUAAUUUGCGAGUGCUCGGCCAGACACCCCUCAAUGCCGAACCACCAUGCCUCGUAGAGCUCACAAAGCACACCAUUACACCGCUGCACCUGGCAUAUGCACGUAACCAUUCUGUGAUAAAAGAUCUAGCAUCUGAAUUCGACAGUUAUACGGUCAAGAUAGACGGCGAAAUGGAGGGGAUGGAAGACAAGGUACUUAACGUCAAAGACAUGAUCGCAUCCUUUCCAAAAAAAGUGGUCGUGGCUGCUCUCAUCUGCGCUGGUAACCGUCGUGCCAAGAUGCAAGAAAAGACCGGGAAAGAGGUGCGAGGUAUCAAGUGGUCCGAGGGUACCAUUGCGAAUGCGCGCUGGGGCGGUGUACUCCUGCGUGAUAUAUUAAUCAGUGCAGGAAUCCCUGAACUGGAAGAUGCGCAAAAAGGUUACCAUGUCUGCUUCGCUUCGAAUGUUGCGCCGUGCCAGGAUGAUACGUGUUAUGGAGGGUCUAUUCCGCUUGAGGAAGUCAUGGCUGAGGAUGGUGCUGCUAUGCUUGCAUACGAGAUGAAUGAUGCACCCCUCACGCCAGAUCACGGAUUCCCUUUGCGUGUUGUCGUACCUGGCUACUUUGGCAUGCGAUGGGUUAAAUGGGUGGACCGUAUCACCAUUUCAAGGAACGAAUCUCCCAAUUUCUAUCAGCAGCGUGAUUACAAGAUGUUGCCUGAAUGUGUUUCCUCUCCAGAGAAGGCCAUCAAGGAGAAUUGGUGGAGUCGUACACCUUCGAUGCAACGGCUUAAUUGCAACUCGGUCGUUGCACACAUCCAGUGUCUGACACUUGCCUGUCCUGACCAGAAGACUCUUAAAGUCACAGGUUACGCCUACUCCCACUGCCCUAUCUCGCGUGUGGAAAUCAGCGCGGAUGGCGGCGAGACAUGGCACGAAGUACGAAUCACAUACCAAGAGGGUAGCUGGAGUUGGUCACUGUGGGAAGGCGAACUCGUGGUAGACAUCGAUGUCGAUGCUCUUGAGUGGGCUAGCCACGGACAGAGGAAUGGCCGCCCGAAGACCAAGGUCACGGUGAUAAGCCGAGCAUUUGAUCAAUCUGGAGGCGCACAGGAUACUGAAUGCCGUUGGAACCUGAGGGGAGUGGGCUUUUGCGGCGUUGGUGUUGGAUCGGUUGAGGUAUAAUUAGUUUUCUGGCUUGAUUGGAUUUCCUAUGUACGUGAGCAUACCAUGACACGGUGAUCUGUUUUGAUAUCGAAAAACCUUUACUUUCGCGAGACUGUUAAAUCAAGUCAUAUCCCAAGCUCAGA